AUGAGCACCUAUGCAGCCUUAUCGAAAAUUACGGAUAAGCGAAUAACAUACUUGGUCAAAGGUCCCGAUUCUUCCGAUAAUUUCAUCGAUGAGGAAGCCACUUCAUCUGAUGAUGAUAUUGUUUCUUCGCAUGAUGUUGAAAUUGAGAAUUCCACUAAUCAUAUUAUCAUUAAAAAUAUUUUCAUAAAAAAGUUUUUGGGAGGAAUCUUAACAAUCAAAGAUCUAAACGAGAAUUCCACCAAACAUAAACGCGAAUACCUCCGUAAGUCAAUUAAAAAUGAAAUUUAUAAAACUGAACGAAUUCCACCCGAGGAACUAUGUUUACGUUACGAAAAUAAAACAAUGCAAGAUCAUCAAACAUUAAAACAUUAUGAAAUCACAAAUGAUACAACAAUUUAUUUGACUUUGCGUGUACGUGGAGGAUCUGUUACAAUUUAUAUUCUUGAUCUGGAUCUCUUGGACCCUCAUUUCGAUUACGACUUUACAAAUAUGAAAAGUUCCGGGGAAACUUAUAUGCGUGGAAAUUUCAAGUAUAAUCGACCGUAUGGAUGGAGACGUAUCGCGUUAAAAGUUCUUAAUAAAUUUGAUGACAAUGGUUGGCUCGGGGUAAAAAAGAGGGUAACGAACUUGGAAUCUGUGGAAGGUGAAUGGAUUGUUAGCUACCAUGGUACCGCUAAUUUUAAUGCGAAUUCAAUCACAGAUGAUGGAUUUCUAUUGAACGGAAUUUAUUCUACUCCAAAUAUUGAAGUAGCCGCUUCAUAUGCUGAAGAAUUUUAUUAUGAGGGAGAGACAUAUAAAGUCGUGUUUCAAAAUCGUGUAAAACCUAAUGCCUUUAAGAUAGUAUCAGAUGGAAGUGGUUACGGAAUCGAGAUCUUGGUGAACGAUAAUUCCCCCCUUCGAGAAUAUAGCGAACCGUAUGAGACUAGUAAAAUGGAAAUUACUACGAAGCAGAGUUAUAUACAAGGCAUCAACACGGACAAACGUUACGAUAGCGAUAGGACCGUGUUCGUAGCGGUACCAAAACCGGGAAUGAAAUUCACAGUCAAGCUGUGGGCGGAUUCGGCAAAUUCCAAGAAGGCAUAUCGAAUUCAUUUAUACAUUGAUGGAAUAUGGGAUCACGCAUCUUAUACGUUAACAGAUUCACGUUCAAAUAUAAUUGAACACUUUAUUGAUGAAAAGGAUAAGAAAAAAUAUAAUUUUAUAUUCGCUCCAUCAAUGUGGACGGAUGAUGUCUCAAAGGAGGUUAAUUUUAAGGAGGAUUGUAAUCGCGGAUUCGGAAGUAUAUCGGUAGAAUUUUUUGAAGCUACGUGGUCACUAAAAGAGUAUGCAAGGCCUUCUUAUACUGUAAAGCAAGCAGUCGUAACAGAAUCUAAAAACUACACUGGUCUAUCUUAUAGUACUCGAUUUGAAGAAGCUCCAAUGGAUGGCGGUGAGAAAUUGAUAUCAAGUCACGUAAACGGGUCUUAUUAUGGAUGGAAAAGUGCCGACAAACCGUCAGCUGUUCUCACAUUACACUAUCGUCCUAAAACGUGGUUGGAAUAUAAGGGUCUUACUCCUGAUCCAUUCUAUUCAAGAAUGACCCCUGAGCCAGAAUCAGAAAUUGGUUUAGAUGAGUAUGGAAGAGAGCGGAAAAAAAUUAAUUAUGAUUCCGAAGAUGAGAUCGAAAGGGAACGUGAACGAUUAAGGAAAAAAAGUCGCGUGCACAAGUACAUCGAUUUUGACGAUGGUACAAAACGGCGUAAAGUUGUGGUUGAUGAAGGUAUGGAGAGUCAAAUUAUGGCAGAAAAAGUUGAUCUUCCUAAAUCUUCAGAUCAUUAUAAUAAAAUUCCAGAGAAUAAUACUAGACCUUCAGCAAACAAUCAUCAUAGAACUUCAGUAAAUAAUAAUAGACCAUCGGCUAACAGAUAUAAUAUUCAUAAAUCCACUGGGAAAAGUUACGUCAGAAGGUUUGAUCAAGCCGGUCCAGAUGCAUCAACGGUUAAAUUUGCAAGAUAUUUUGAAGAAGUCGUUGAAGAGACAAAAUUUAUCGAUAUUGAAGUGGACUCCAACAAUCCAAUUGAAGAAAUAAGGCAGAAUAAAAAAAUUCGAGAAGUUAUAGAAAUUCUGGAUUCUGAUGAGGAAGCAUAA